CUCUGAUGGCUUCUAUCACGGUGAGUCUGGUGGUCUCUCCGGUUAUGUGCCAAGUAACAUGGUGGAUGAAAUCCCAGUGGAUGAUGAGUACCUGAAGCAUCUACUCAUGCAGCAGGGCUUCCUCCCUGUGGACCAUACAGAUCUGAGCGAUAUAACCAGUAUCACCGAUGAUGUGGUCGUUCGACGAAUGGUGGCCUUAUUCGACUACGAUCCAUGGGAAAGUUCACCCAACAUGGACAGUGAAGUUGAACUUGGCUUUCGCUCAGGAGAUAUUAUAUACGUGUUAGGUGACAUGGAUCAAGAUGGAUUUUACUACGGGGAUCUGCAUGGACGAAGAGGUUUGGUUCCAUCAAACUACCUGCAGCCGCUACCCUGGAAUUAGAAGAAAAGGGCACGCUAAGAUGCUUAAUACAAAUGCCAAGUCUCAGACACAAUGGGAAAUCAGCAGCUUUUAUUCAAAGAAAUAUUUAUUUGUACAGUAACAGUAAUUAAAAAAUCAUUUGGUGAAAAAAGUACAGACAAAUACAAAUCAUAUAUAUUUUAAUAAUCAAAAACGAUAUGAAAAGAUCUGGAGAGAGUAUUUAUAUAGUGUAUCCAUAUUUGCCUUACACCCUGUUUAUAUAUUUUCUAUAAUUAGAUCAUA